AGCCCUCCGGCCACCAUGAGGAGCGAGCCUCUGACUUGGUCCCCGGUCGCGGCCCAGGCGGCCUCGCUGCUUGAGGAGGCGGCGGACCUGCUGGUGCUGCACCGGGACUUCGCCGCCGCCGUGGAGAGGUGUGAGGCGGGUUGCGACAGCCUGGGUCCCGGAUCCGGCACCAGCCCCGUCCCAGAGAGUUCUGCAGAAGUGAAAUGCUCCCUUUGUGUUGUGGGGAUUCAGGCGCUGGCGGAGAUGAACCGGUGGAGGGAAGUUCUGUCUUGGGUCCUACAGUAUUACCACGUCCCCGAACGUCUGCCUCCAAAAGUUCUGGAGCUGUGUAUCCUCUUAUACAGCAAAGUUAAAGAGCCUCAGGUGACGCUGGAGGUUGGCAGUAGCUGGUUGAGAGACCAGACCAAUAGGAACCUCCCCGAGUAUGGUUUGUUGCUGGAGCUCUAUCUGCUGCACGUGUUGCUUCCACUGGGCCGCUUCGAGGAAGCAGAGGAGCUUGUGCGCAGCUGUGACAUUUUAGACAGCGAGCAGCAGCAAACCUUCCUGGGGAACAUCUGUGAGAGCCGGCGUCAGUGGGCUGAGCGCGAAGAGAUGCAUUCAGCUGCUGAAGAGCAGGAAGACACAGCAACAGAAACUCUCUUGGGUGCUUUGUCCCAAAAACUGUUGACCAUGUUGACAUUGCUACGUAGAGUACUGAGGUCCUUGUCUAGCCACUUGUAUUUGCUUCCUUACAAAAAGAUCCUGUUGGCUACUUUUCUGCUGUACCUGGUGGUGGUGAGAUUAGACCCAGCUUCUCCUACAUCACUGCCGUUUAUUUACAAACUGGUCCAGCUCUUCAGACAGGCUUGGGCAGCUGUAUUUUCUCCAGUCCAUAGAUCUCCAGUUCAAGACUAAGUGUCUUCCGUCACAGAAUGCAUUUUUCUCUCCUGCUGUAAAACUGUCAGCUUGUCUUGAGGAUGUAAUCAGUCUCUUCAAGGACCACUGAAAUUAGUGCCCCAAUUGAGAUGACUACUUGUGAGCUCCUG